AUGUCCCUCAAGGACCGAUCAAACCCGCCUCUCGCAUCUUGGCAGCGAUUGCGCCCUGAUCGGAGUUCCAGCGUUUCGCGCUCAGUGAAGCGUUCCGGAAACGAAAAUUCCGAUGAAGGCGACGAUUUGGCACGAGGCUCAUUGGCGAGAUGGGAUGGCACCCAGUCAAAUACAGGGUCGAAAGAACACCACAAGACGACCGUUGACAUUUCGGUAUGUCCUGACAUCAGAUUGCAAGAAUUGCAACAACAGUCGAACGAUGACGAAGGUGUCUUUGAUGCUUUUCUUGCCAUAGGAACACUUGAGUCGGCAAUACGGCAGCGUGGCGUCAUUACAGAGCCACAAAAACAAGGAAUAGUGGCAACCUGCAAUAUCCCAGAUCGGCCACGACGCGAGGACCUGACCAAUCAGCGGUGCAAACUGGAUAACGAGCCGACCAACCGUGGCGCGGGGGAUGCUUGCGCAAGCCAGGGUCCAUUUUCACCCAAUUUUCUCCUACAGAGCCACAGAGCCACGAGAAACAUGAACUUGGGCCCGGGCUGGGCCACGUUGAUGACGUCGUACUCGUUGGCUUGCACCGGGACCCUGACUUACACGGCAUUCUUGGCCCCGGACGGUGUGCCUAGUGUGGUACUGUCACAGAUCACAGCACACAUCAUGCGAAUUCCUGUUUCUUGGGGUCGGCCCAGGGGUCUACUCCUAUCGCCAAUUUCCAUCUCCAUAAUCAACAUGGCUGUCACCGGCUUCAUUCACCACUUUGGUACCUUUUUGCUCCUUGUAGCAACGAUUCUUCUGGUCAUCACCAGCAUCUCUGCUCCAGUGGUGCACAACAUCUCACUGUUGACCGUCAAGCUGGGCGACACUUCCGCCGGCAAUGAGAUCACAUUUGGUACCUUUGGAUACUGCGUCCGUGGCGGCUCUGACUAUGGCUCCGACCAGUGCAGCCGUUCCAGGAUCGGUUACUCACCCACCGACAUCAUCGCCGAGGCCGAUGCCACCCAGUACUCCAACCUGUCCUCCAACGUCGCCGAGGGCUUGACCCGGGUCAUGGUUCUCCACCCCGUCGCCGCAGGCGUCUCCUUCAUCGCCUUCAUCCUCUCCGUCGGUGCUGGCAUGUUUGGCUCCCUCUUCGCCGCCCUUGUCUCCGGCGUUGCCUUCAUCAUCACUAUCGUCGCCCUCAUCUGCGACUGGGUCAUGUUCGCCGUCGUCCGCCGCAACGUCAACAGGGAUGGCAACGGCAGCUCCGCCCACUACGAUGUCGCUCUCUGGACCCUCCUGGCCGCCGCCAUCUGCCUGCUCCUCGGCACCGUCAUCGUCUUCUUCACCUGCUGCAGCGGCCGUCUUCGCAAGCGCCGUCAGCAGCGUUCCAAGGUUGACAACUACUCCCCUCCUGCCACCCACACUACCUACCGCCGUCGCCGCUUCUGGCAGCGCAGCAGCCGCUACUAG